GUCGUAGUUUUUGUCUGAUUGUUGGACUGUGGCUCAUAGUUGCGCCAGUUUGAUGAACCAGUUGCGGCUCAUAGUUGCGCCAGUUUGAUGAACCAGUUGCGGCUCAUAGUUGCGCCAGUUUGAUGAACUAGUUGCGGCUCAUUGCUAACGGGUUUGCGCUGUUUGUUUAUCUUUCCUCUGCCGAACUACAAACCCCAAGCUCGGUUGCGCUGCGUCAGGUCAGUUCAACUUUGACUCGCUUGGAGGUUCUCCAAGGUUGCUUGAGAGAGCAGCGCAAGAACUUCGACCUGCACAUUGUAAGUUAGUGUAAAUCUAAACGUGAAGGUUUGCAUCUGCAAAGGUUAAAGACCUGAAGAUGACCUCAAGGAAAGUGGUGGAGCUGUUCUAUGAUGUGGUCUCACCUUACUCCUGGCUCGGGUUUGAGGUCAUCUGUCGCUACAGAAACGUGUGGAACAUCGACCUGAAGUUUCGUCCUGCCUUCCUCGGAGGCAUCAUGCAUGGAGCAGGAAACAAGCCUCCUGGUUUAGUUCCCAACAAAUUUUCCUACAUGACUAAGGAUCUUCACCGCGCGUCCAGCUACUUUGGCGUCCCUUUACACCCACCUGCUGACCCAUUUGAGGUCAUGUUCCAAAAAGGAAGUUUGUCUGCGAUGCGGUUCGUGACAGCGGUGCAGCAUAUGGAGCAGGGUGGAGACAAGCUGGUGGAGCGGGUUUCCAGGGAGCUGUGGAGGAGGAUCUGGAGUGAGGACAAAGACAUCACUAAACCUGAAUCCUUCUCUGAGGCAGCCAAAAAAGCAGGACUGAGUGACAGUGAGACUGAAAAAGCGCUAAAGUUGUACACCACGCAGGAGAUCAAGGAUAAGCUCAAACGCUCAACAGAGGAGGCUCUCAACUUUGGGGCAUUUGGUUUCCCAAUGCUGAUUUGUCAUAUUGAUGGAAAACCCGAGAUGUUUUUUGGAUCUGACAGAUUUGAGCUCAUGGCCAACUGCCUUGGAGAGAAGUGGUUGGGGCCUAACCCAGACAACUCUGCCUCCAGGCUUUGAGAUCAGACCUUCUUUAACUCACUAUUCCAGCCAACACAGAUUUUCUAAGCUGUGCCUUCUGAAAUUAAUCUAUUUAAUUUCAUUUUAUUUAGUCUACAUAAUUUUAGUUUGAGCCAGAAUACCAGAAAUAACAUUUUUCUGAAAAUGUUUCUCGCAGCAGCUUUCACUACAUUUAAAUGCUAAUAGGGCAUGUUUAUUGUUAGCAUUAAUGUUGAUGUGGCUCUGUGACUUAUGCUGCAGUUUGUCCAUUGGUUUGAUUAAUGGAAUCAAAUGAAUGAAUGAAUGGCUUUUUUGUCAAAGAACAGAACAAAGCUGAUGUUUGUGUUUCUAAUAAAAACUUCAAUAAAUCUUUAAUAGAAACCUU